AUGCAGAAAAGAACGAAACGGAUGGGUCAGCGUCGAAUUCUCCUUGCGCUGUUAGUGCUCUCGGCUCGGACAAUCUUCACGAGCACGUUUACAUUGGGGGCAAUUGAAACUAAGCAGCGUUGCACAACCUCUUCCACGGAAAUUCAUGCAACAUCCCGCAAAGAAUUUCUCUCCCAAUUUGUUGUCGCUGGAUCCUUGCUGAUUCCCACGGCCGCCUCUGCGGACAUUACCAACAAAGUUGCUUCGUCGGCCGCUUUGCGCAAGGUCAAGAUUUGCCAAAAGAAAUUGGUCGCCAUGGAAGACUACGUACUGCUAUCGGAUUAUGCGGCAAUUAAGGAUUCACUGCGAGCCGCACCGUUUUCGGACGUUCGCAAGGCGGCUUCUACGCUAGUUCGGGGCGGCGAAGACGGACCGGACGCCGAAGGGCUCCAAACCAAGUAUAAGGCCUUUAUCACCUCGAUCGAGAAAAUGGACGGUACCGCUAGUGUGGCUUUAAGGGGAAGAAAGCUGUCGGAUGGAGAGUUCUUGGCCGCGUAUUCCGCGGCCGUAGUAGCCCUCGCCGACUUUGUUGCCCUCGCGGAAGAAGCCAUCAAGGUUCCGCUGAGAGAGGAACCGGUAUAG